CAAAAAAACAAAAAAAAUAGCACUGGCAAAAUAGACAUGCUGAGCGCUGUAAAACGUCAGUUUUGUUGAAAUUGGAAUAUUGAGUUUGUUUUUUCUGUGUGUUGGUCGAGCUCGUUGCUUCGACAAUACCGAAAAGCGAUCGAAAGGAGCAACCUUGGAGGCCAGCAGCUAAGCGUAAUUUACGCAACGCACCACACAAAAUCCGCAAAUUUGCACAGGGGGCAACAACAAAAACAGAGGCAGAACAGAACAGAACCGAACCGAACAGAGCAGCAAGAAGAGCGACGUGAAGAGGAAAGGCGGAGAAAGGAGAACGGAGAAUAGGGAACAGGGAGAGAACAGAGAAGAGAGUCGGAGAAACGAAAUAAACAUCAUGGCGAACAUGGCAGUGUCGCGGAUCAAGCGGGAGUUUAAGGAGGUGAUGCGCAGCGAGGAGAUCGUCCAGUGUUCCAUCAAAAUCGAACUGGUCAACGACAGUUGGACGGAGCUGCGCGGCGAGAUUGCAGGUCCGCCUGACACGCCCUAUGAGGGCGGCAAGUUCGUCCUGGAGAUCAAGGUGCCCGAGACAUAUCCCUUCAAUCCACCAAAGGUACGCUUCAUAACGCGCAUCUGGCAUCCAAAUAUUUCGUCGGUGACGGGCGCGAUCUGCCUGGACAUCUUAAAGGACAACUGGGCUGCAGCGAUGACACUACGCACCGUGCUGCUGUCCCUACAGGCGCUCCUGGCCGCCGCAGAGCCAGAUGAUCCACAGGAUGCAGUGGUGGCCUAUCAGUUCAAGGACAAGUACGAUCUGUUUCUGCUGACGGCCAAGCACUGGACAAACGCGUAUGCGGGCGGACCGCACACCUUUCCCGAUUGUGAUUCAAAGAUCCAACGUCUCAGGGACAUGGGCAUCGACGAGCAUGAGGCGCGCGCCGUGCUCUCCAAGGAGAACUGGAAUUUAGAGAAGGCAACCGAGGGCCUGUUUAGUUAGCUUGCCCCAGCCACAUUACGAUCAGUACCAUUCAUGGCGGUGGCGACACCAAGAACACCCGCAACUUCUGCAUCAACCCUUCAGAACGGCAAUCACGCUAAAUUCUUGUACACUCACGCACCAACCGAUCUAUUUUCGUAAAUUUUGUCCACGAAAUUACAUUGCCCUGUAGUUAUAAUAA